AUGGGUCUCGUCAAGGUCAUCACGGUAUUUUUUUCUGCUACUCUCUACGUUAGUGGAACUGCCAUCCCCGCGACCAAAUAUUCCAAGGUCAUGAUCAGGGAUGAAGAGGGGUCUGCCUUCGUCGGUGGAACCUUAACUGAUGGUGGGCGGCUCUUGCGUCGAGCCGAGACGGAUUCUGCAGACGACAGUAUGGCAGCAGAAGAGAGAUUUAUCAUGCGAAUCUGGAGAAACUAUGUGAAGAAAUAUGUCGUAGACAUGAAAAACGCAAAGAAGGCUAAAGAGGUGGCAACCCGGCUCCAGCAAUGACGCAGAACAUGAAGAUAGUCAGCAGCUGGGGAUAAUGACAACUUUGUUUUUGAUCGAA